CACGCAAACACGCGAAGCGUGCGACGCAGAUAUAACCGAUCGCUAGUUCUCGCGUUCGCUUAUAGCGCCUGAGACCCCGGCCGGUCCCAGGGGCACCAGAAGAGGGAACUCGACAUUCUUCGCGAGAUCGAGUCGAGUAUCGAUCGAGGUUUGUGCGACGAUGACGAUCCCCGGCGUUUUCCUCUUCGUCUUUCUCGCGAUCGUCCUGAGCGACGCCGCCUCCGUCAGGUAUGGAUCGUCCGAUGACUCCUCUGGACCCAAGGAUGCCUGUGACAGCAAGGUUUAUUGCGAAGGACCGCUGCUGAAGACGGUGCAGCUGGCCGGGAUUUAUGAUAGCAAGACCUUCGUGGAUCUUUACCAACUUCACGAUCCGAACGUAACGCUGAACAAUUUCGAUGCCUUAAUGAAGGCAACCAACAACUCUCCUAAUCGCGCUGAGGUGGCUGCCUUCGUCUCCGAGAACUUUGCUAUGCAAGAUGAGCUGGAUAACUCGACGUUGCCGGAUUGGAACGAUAACCCGGAAAUUCUGAAAUCCAUCGAAGAUCCACAAUUUCGCGAGUGGGCGAAACGUCUGAACUAUAUUUGGAAAACGCUGGCGAGGAAGAUAAGGAACGAUGUGGUGAUCAACUCGCAACGGCAUAGCCUGAUCUACGUGAAUAACACUUUCAUAGUUCCCGGGGGACGAUUCAAAGAAUUUUAUUAUUGGGACAGCUACUGGAUAAUCGAGGGACUCUUGUUAUGCGACAUGCCCGUCACCGUUCGAGGGAUGAUCGAGAAUUUUCUUUCCAUGGUGGAGAGAUACGGUUUUAUCCCGAACGGCGGCAGAGUUUAUUACUUGUCGCGCAGCCAACCACCUCUGUUGAUACCUAUGGUCGCGAAAUACUACGACUACACGAAGGAUUACGAAUUUCUGAGGCGAAACAUCGCGACUCUCGAUUCGGAAUUCGAGUACUGGCAAAAAUGGAAGAUGGUGAACGUAAUCAAGAACGGCAAAACUUACAGGAUGGCCCGUUACGUGACAAACAGCAAUGGUCCGCGACCGGAGAGUUACAAAGAGGAUUACCGUUUGGCCCAGAGACUGUCGGAGGAGAAGCGAGGCGCUCUUUACAACGACUUGAAAGCCGCGGCCGAGAGCGGCUGGGACUUUUCCUACAGGUGGUGCAUACGGACCGACGUGAACGGCAAUCUCAGUCUUAUCAACGCUUCGACCAGCGACAUCGUGCCAGUUGAUCUCAACGCGCUACUGCAGCGCAACGCCCGGUUGCUCGCCCGCUUUCACGGUAUCCUGGGCAACCCCGAGAAGGUCUGGCGUUACGCCAAAAUGGCCGUGGACAUUCAAGCUGCCAUCGACAACGUUCUGUGGAACGAGGAUGAGGGAAUCUGGCUCGAUUAUGACGCGAGAAAUAAACGUUCGAGAAAUAUAUUCUAUCCCUCGAAUUUGUCACCGUUGUACACAAUGAGCUACAAUUGGAACAGGAGACAGAAUUACGCGAAGAAGGCUAUUUCUUACCUCAAAAGAAACCAGGUCGAUUUGUAUUUUGGUGGUACACCAGCUUCCGUGAACUACACCGGCGAACAAUGGGACUUUCCCAACGCGUGGCCACCCUUACAAUCCUUUUUGGUUCUCGGUCUCCAUCGAACGGGGAUAACAGAAGCGAUGGAUCUGGCCGAGAUCCUGGCCAGCAGAUGGCUCAGAUCGAAUUAUAUCGGUUACGACGAGUACGGCAAGAUGUUCGAGAAGUACAACGCGAUACAUCCGGGCGAGAGCGGCGGCGGCGGCGAAUAUAACGUGCAGGAGGGCUUCGGAUGGACCAACGGCAUCGUCUUCGAGUUCCUCCGCCUUCCGGGCGUCGAGUCUUCGGAGAGAUACGGCAACGAUAUCGUUAGCAGAUAAUGCACGUAAACGGAUAAGUAGCUAAUUGAUUCUAGGAGCGAGAGCGUUAAUAAGUGCGAAGAGGAGUCGACGCGGCGAUGUCUAAAUGAAUUUUCUUCUCGCGUUGAUUUCUUUUCUCCAAAUUUUUCAAGCUUUAAGGGAAUCCUAAGCUAACCUAAGUUUCAUUCCUGUUUUAUCGACAAAAUGUGAGGUUAGGUUCAGCUAGAAAUCUAUUU